GAAGGAACAAAGCCUUAGCCCUUAUGACAUCUACCACUGUAAUAAUUUCCAACGCAAUUUUGAAAAGCUUCUUUCUCCGUCCCCUCUGUCUCUUCUGAUACGAACUCGUUGCUGUUGGUGUUUCUGUCUCGAAUCAAUACUCUGCUGUUAGAGAUUCAAUCAAUCGCCUCUUGAAUGGAAGCUAUCAGAAAGCAAGCCUCCAAGCUUCGAGAACAGGUCGCUCGCCAACAUCAGGCUGUGCUGAAACAGUUUGGGGCUGGGGGAUUUGGAGUUUCAGAUGAUUUGGUUACUGAUGAAGUAGAGCUUCAACAACAUCAGAAACUUGAGAAGCUUUACAUAUCAACACGUGCAGGAAAGCAUUAUCAAAGGGAUAUUGUCCGUGGUGUGGAAGGUUAUAUUGUUACUGGAUCCAAGCAAGUUGAAAUAGGAACAAAGUUGUCGGAAGAUAGCAGGAAAUAUGGAGCGGAUAAUACGUGUACCAGUGGUAAUACGUUAUCAAGAGCUGCGCUAAAUUAUGCACGGGCCCGUGCACAAAUGGAAAAGGAGCGCGGUAACUUACUAAAAGCUCUUGGCACACAGGUUGCUGAACCCUUAAGAGCAAUGGUGAUGGGAGCUCCAUUAGAGGAUGCCCGGCAUCUUGCUCAACGUUAUGACAGAAUGCGACAGGAAGCUGAAGCUCAGGCAAUUGAAGUUUCCAAACGCCAGGCAAAAGUAAGAGAAACACCAGGCAAUGCUGAGAAUGCUAUGAAACUGGAAGCAGCUGAAGCAAAGCUGCAAGACCUGAAGACAAACAUGGGCAUAUUGGGAAAGGAAGCAGCUGCAGCAAUGGCUGCUGUUGAAGCACAGCAACAGAGGUUAACCCUCCAGCGUCUUAUAGCAAUGGUUGAAGCAGAGCGUGCCUAUCAUCAAAGAGUACUCCAAAUACUUGAUCAGCUUGAGGGAGAGAUGAUAUCAGAACGACAGCGAAUUGAAGCCCCUCCUACACCUAGUGUGGAUAACAGCAUGCCGCCACCCCCAUCAUAUGAAGAAGUAAAUGGUGUAUAUGCUUCUCAAGCACAUAAUGGCUCAACAGAUAGUAUGGGUUACUUCUUAGGAGAGGUUUUAUUUCCCUACCAUGCUGAGUCUGAAGUUGAAUUGAAUCUAUCAGUUGGGGAUUAUAUUGUUGUUCGAAAGGUGACAAACAAUGGAUGGGCUGAGGGUGAAUGCAAAGGAAAAGCAGGUUGGUUUCCAUUCGGUUACAUUGAAAGAAGGGAGCGAGUCCUUGCGAGCAAGGUGGCUGAAGUGUUUUGAUUUUUUCUUUUGGGCUGAGUUGGUGGUUUCCUUCCAUAGGGAUUUUGUAUGUGCGUAUGUUUUGAUUUUGUGUUAGCAUACAACAGAUAGAUUUGUGCUGUAAAUGACAACUUUUUUCUCUUGUGAUUAUCAAUCGAUUUAUGAUUUCUCUCUUUAUUAGAAUGACAAUGAGUUGAGUUUGAUUGAAGUAUUAAAAUAUCUUUUCUUUUAACCGUGUGUUAGUAAGAUUAAUGACUUAACUAUCCAUAUUCAUGUCUUGUGGGUUCUUUAUUUGAAUUUGGAUUUAUUACUGGGGUUUUAGUUAAAAAGAAUACGUUUUUUCUUUUACUGUGUUGUUUUUACCAAUUAGUAUGAAAAAGGAGAAUAAAGAAAAAAAAAUACAAGAAAGGGAGUUAAAUUGAGCUUUUCUUCCCUUCUAAAAUUUUUCAUAGAUACGGAUAAGAUUUGUUUAAGCAAUCAUCGAUUAGUUUAAAAGGUGAUGAUUUGUUUUGAAAUAAGUUUUACAAAAUAAAAUCUUAAUGUGUCACAGCCUUAAAAUAGUUUAGCCAAAUUAAAGAACAUAAGGAGAGAAGAACAUAAAUAGUUUAUAUUGGCUCACUUCACAAACUUAGAAUUGCGUCGAAUUUUUGAAAAAAAUAUCAAUAUUUUCAUUCUAAAGUACUUUGUGAUUACAAACUCAUUGUCUUUCAAAUAUUUCUGUAAACUUCUCUGAAUUUAAUAAUCCAAAUAUAUUUUUUUAAUUUUUUUCAGAUGACAUUCUUCUUGGAACUAAAGAUAAAUCUUAAAAUAGACAAAAAAAAAAAACUUUUUGAUGGCUAAAGAAUUAAUGAAAAAAAAAAUCAAUAUAGUGCUUGAAAAACUCUUGCACAGCUUUAUCUAGGUGAACAGUCCUUUUGCAUAAUCUUAUACACUGUAACUGUUGAAAAUGUUUGUAUUACUUCUUUUCUAAAGCCAUUUUUAUUCAUUAGAAGCAUAUUUUGUCAUGAAAACUAGCAAAAGCAGAGGAAUAGGAGUUUGUGUUUUCAAUUUUUCGAAAAAAGAAAAGUGGAUUGAUUAGCGGAUGAAACUAACAGCGUCGCGAAUGUUAAUGCCGUGUGGCUGAGCAAGGUGGACAAAACUGCGAGAAACCUUGUGGAUCAUAGAGUUGCAGAAAGCACAGCAUGGUAUUUUGGGUGAGGUGAGCAUAUCGUCGUGUAUUAGUUAAUGCUCCAAAUCUGUCGUGUUUCUUUUUCUGGGCGUUGCGUCAUUUUUCUUUGCUGCCGUUUUGCUCAUGCACUCAAAUCAGCUAGCAACGCCAUACGCGAGUGCUGUGCGAAAAACCUGCGUGCAUUUGUAAUCAAUGAUUAGAAAAUAAAUAAAGUUAAAUUAGUGGUCUCUUUCAAUGGUCCAAUUUUUCAAUCAGAUGGGAAAGGAUUUUGCAAAAGUUCUCCUGCAAGGGAAAUUCUUCUAAAAGAACGAAAGAUGGCGGAUGCAGCCAUUGCAUGUCCCUUCCAAAAUAUUAACUAGAUAACAAGUGUUUUACCUAACAAUCCUGUUGUUUAAACAUUUGAAUAUUGAUACUGAAAUAGAAAUAUUUUUAUUUUUUAGUUAGUAUAUGCUUAUAAAUGUUUACAUUUAAAGCAAUAAUAGCUUACCUUUUAGAGUUCUCUAAAGAAAUUAAUAAAAAUAUAUAAUUUUUCUUUAAAACAAACUAAAUUAAAUUUUUUUUUCAUCUUUUUUAUAUUUAUGUAUGUAAAAUAAUACAAAAAAAAAAUUUCCCCCAAAAUAAUAACAUAAAAGUCAUUUUUGUUUACCUAAACCAUUCAAAAUUGUUAUGAUUAAUUCGUUCAGUUGAAUUGAUAUAAUAUCAGUAUCAUCCUUUUGCCCAGGAUCAAGUGAAAUUAAUAUAAAUUAUUUUAUUUAAUAAUAUAAAAGAAUACACUAAAAACGUAUGUUAAAUUUUGUGCUUUUAUCGUUUUUUAUAUAAAACUUUUUAAAGUAUGAUAUCUAAAAAAAUUGAAUAAAUAUUAAAUUUAAUCCUUAAAAAUUGUUUGACCUGAUUUGGCUCUUAAAGAAAUAUAAAAUCACUAAAUAAUUUAUCAAAAUUAUAAACAUGAAACAUUUUAGUUCUAUAGUUAAUUUUCUUUCUAUCUUUAGGUAUAUAAUUAGUCCUUAAAAAAUUUGGAAUGCAUACCAAUUUGCUUCUUCAAAAAUUAUAGGAGAAUUAAAUUAGUCUUUGAAAUUUUUAAUAAACACAAAGAAUUAAAGUAUUUUAAAUUAGCACUAUUUCGGUGAUUUUUUUUUUCCUGAAAUACUAAAUUGUGUUGAGUAAAUUUUUUAGGGAUCAAAUUAGUCUGAUACUUAAUUUUUUUUUAAAAAUAAAGUAGUUGGUGAUAUUUUUUAAGCGAUGAAGUUUCACAUUAGCCUAGAAAACAUUAUUAUCAACUUAGAAAAAAGAAAAGAAAAGACCAUUGUGAGUUUGUCAACGCAAUCUAAGGAUUUUUCAAGUACAUGUACGAAAUUUGAACUUGUCAAUACGGAUUUAGGUGGAUAAACAAAGUUGAUUUGUAAGAUAUACAAGUGAUAUAAAUGAUCAAGUGUUGAAUAUCGGUUAAACCCUUAAACUUGGUGGUCUGAUUCAACAAUAUUUCCUCUUGUUCUUAGAUCUUUGAACCACGUAUUAGAUUUCGUAAUUUUACAUUUCAUCCUACAAAUUCAUAAUAUAACAAAUAAAAUGUACUAAUUAAUAACUUUAUACUUAAAAGGUGUUUGAAUUAGUUUUACAAUAAAUUAUUAAAAGUUUAUCUCAUGUCGUAAGUACUAAAAUUGUUGAUUAAAAACUUAUAACCUUAUAUAAAUUAAUUCGAUCUUAUUUAAUAAGUUUUAAGAUAAAUUUUAGUAAACAAGCUUAUAUAAUAUUCUUAUCGAGUGAAAGUUAGAUAAAAUUAU